AUGAUUAACACAAAGAUAAUAACAAUAUUUAAAUUCUAAUCAUACUAUCAACUUCACAAUUUAAGUACUCUCCUUACUUUUACAUAAAAAUUGACUCAGACCAUAUGUCAGAUUCAAGAAAUUGAAAACCCUUUCUAUGAAACCUUAUUAAAAAAUGAACAUCCAAGAAUAGAAACAAAAUUUUAUAAUAAGAAUAAUUAAAUUAUAAUAGCUACAACUUAUUCCCUAAUUUUAAAUUGA